GUCGCCGACCGACCAAAAGGACCAAAAUCAACGUGGUCAGCGCAGGCGAGGGAGCCGAGGGGGCGUUCGAGGCCUCGGCCGCCGAAAGAACGAUAAGCCUCAGGCCACGGCAGCCGAAUGGCUCGAUGCGGACCGGGAGGCUGUGACUGUGAAGACACAGUGGCUGGACGAGUGUCCGGACCGGACGUCGCCAUUGGAACCUGCGCCGACGGCAGGCUGGAAGCCCUCUCUGAGGCCAAUGGACCCUGCUUUGCGGCAAGUGCGCGGAUUGUAG